UGAUGGUGCCUCCAGAUGAAAGGAUGCCCAGGACCAGCUGGAGAAGUGUGUGCUGGCACUGAGAACAAGCUGAGCUCCCUGUCUGACCUGGAGCAGCAGUACCGCGCCCUGCGCAAGUACUAUGAGAACUGUGAGGUGGUGAUGGGCAACCUGGAGAUCACCAGCAUCGAGCACAACAGGGACCUCUCCUUCCUGAGGUCUAUCCGAGAAGUCACGGGCUAUGUGUUGGUGGCUUUGAACCAGUUUGAGUACCUGCCCCUGGAGAACCUGCGCAUCGUUCGUGGCACCAAGCUCUACGAGGAGCGAUACGCUCUGGCCAUUUUCCUUAACUACAGGAAGGAUGGCAACUUCGGACUCAGGGAACUUGGCUUGAGGAACCUGACAGAGAUACUGAAUGGAGGGGUGUAUGUUGGCCAGAACAAAUUUCUCUGCUUUGCAGACACCAUUCAUUGGCAAGACAUCGUGCGUAACCCCUGGGCCUCCAACUUCACUCUGGUUCCAACGAAUGGCAGCUCAGGAUGUGGUCGUUGCCACAAGUCCUGCACAGGACGGUGCUGGGGACCCACAGAGAAUCACUGCCAGACUUUGACCAAGACCGUGUGUGCAGAGCAGUGUGACGGACGCUGCUACGGGCCCUACGUCAGCGACUGCUGCCACCGCGAGUGCGCCGGGGGCUGCUACGGACCCAAGGACACCGACUGCUUCGCCUGUAUGAAUUUCAAUGACAGUGGUGCUUGUGUCACGCAGUGCCCCCAGACCUUUGUGUACAACCCCACCACCUUCCAGCUGGAGCACAACCACAACGCCAAGUACACCUACGGGGCUUUCUGCGUCAAGAAGUGCCCGCACAACUUUGUGGUGGAUUCCAGCUCCUGCGUCCGGGCAUGUCCGAGCUCCAAGAUGGAGGUUGAAGAAAAUGGCAUUAAGAUGUGCAAGCCCUGCACUGACAUUUGUCCUAAAGCAUGUGAUGGCAUUGGGACAGGGAGUUUGGUGUCAGCUCAGACAGUGGAUUCCAGCAACAUUGACAAGUUUGUAAACUGUACCAAGAUCAAUGGCAACCUUAUCUUCCUUGUCACUGGGAUUCAUGGAGACCCGUAUCACACGAUCGCUGCCAUCAAUCCAGAGAAAUUAAAUAUCUUCCAAACAGUGAGAGAGAUAACAGGGUAUUUGAACAUACAGUCAUGGCCUGAGAAUAUGACAGACUUCAGGGUGUUUUCUAACUUGGUUACCAUUGGUGGGAGAGCUCUCUAUAGUGGCCUUUCCUUGCUCAUCCUGAAGCAACAAGGCAUCACUUCCCUGCAGUUCCAGUCCUUGAAGCAAAUCAGUGCUGGCAACAUCUACAUCACAGACAACAGCAAUUUGUGCUACUACCACACUGUCAACUGGACCAGCCUGUUCAGCACCCCCAGCCAGAAGACGGUGAUCCACAGGAACAAAAGGGCAGAGAACUGCACUGCUGAUGGCAUGGUGUGCAACGAGCUGUGCUCCAGUGACGGCUGCUGGGGGCCGGGGCCAGACCAGUGCCUGUCCUGCAAGCGCUUCAUCCGGGGCAGGACCUGCAUCGACUCCUGCAACCUCUACGACGGGGAAUUCCGAGAGUUUGCAAAUGGCUCUGUGUGUGUGGAGUGUGAUCCGCAGUGUGAGAAGAUGGAGGAAAACAUGAUCACCUGCUACGGGCCGGGACCUGACCACUGCACAAAGUGUUUCCAUUUCAAGGAUGGUCCAAACUGUGUGGAAAAAUGCCCUGAUGGCUUGCAGGGGGCCAACAGCUUCAUUUUCAAGUACGCUGAUGAGGAUCGGGAGUGCCAUCCCUGUCAUCCCAACUGCACCCAAGGGUGUAGAGGCCCAGCUAGUCAUGACUGCAUUUUCUAUCCAUGGACACGGCAGUCCACUCUGCCACAGCACGCUAGAACCCCCCUGAUUGCUGCUGGAGUUAUUGGUGGCCUCUUCAUCAUCGUCAUCAUGGGCCUGACAUUCGCCGUGUACGUUCGGCGCAAAAGCAUCAAGAAGAAGAGAGCGCUGCGAAGGUUCCUGGAGACUGAGCUGGUGGAACCCUUGACCCCGAGCGGCACGGCACCCAACCAAGCCCAGCUGCGCAUCCUGAAGGAGACAGAGCUGAAGAGAGUCAAGGUCCUGGGCUCUGGAGCCUUUGGAACAGUGUACAAGGGGAUCUGGGUCCCUGAGGGAGAAACAGUAAAGAUUCCUGUGGCCAUUAAGAUCCUUAAUGAAACCACUGGUCCAAAAGCCAACGUGGAGUUUAUGGAUGAAGCUCUCAUCAUGGCCAGCAUGGACCACCCACACCUGGUGAGACUCCUGGGUGUCUGCUUGAGCCCCACCAUCCAGCUGGUCACUCAGCUGAUGCCUCAUGGCUGCCUCCUGGAUUAUGUCCAUGAACAUAAGGAUAAUAUUGGUUCCCAGCUCCUGCUGAACUGGUGUGUCCAAAUAGCUAAGGGAAUGAUGUACCUGGAAGAGAGGAGACUCGUCCACCGGGACCUGGCAGCCCGUAAUGUCCUGGUGAAAUCACCAAACCACGUGAAGAUCACUGACUUUGGCCUGGCCAGACUUCUGGAAGGAGAUGAAAAGGAGUACAAUGCUGAUGGGGGCAAGAUGCCAAUUAAGUGGAUGGCUCUGGAGUGCAUACACUACAGGAAAUUCACCCAUCAGAGUGAUGUGUGGAGCUAUGGAGUGACCAUCUGGGAGCUGAUGACCUUUGGUGGGAAGCCAUACGAUGGAAUCCCAACUCGAGAGAUCCCUGACCUCCUGGAGAAGGGAGAGCGCCUGCCCCAGCCCCCGAUCUGCACUAUUGAUGUUUAUAUGGUGAUGGUGAAGUGCUGGAUGAUUGAUGCUGACAGUCGGCCAAAAUUCAAGGAGCUGGCUGCUGAAUUCUCUAGAAUGGCUCGAGACCCUCAGAGAUACCUGGUAAUUCAGGGAGAUGAUCGUAUGAAGCUCCCAAGCCCAAAUGACAGCAAGUUCUUCCAAAAUCUUCUUGACGAAGAAGACCUGGAAGAUAUGAUGGAUGCUGAAGAGUAUCUUGUUCCUCAAGCCUUCAACAUUCCUCCUCCCAUCUACACCUCCAGGACAAGAAUUGAUUCCAACAGGAACCAGUUUGUGUACCGGGACGGUGGCUACACUGCCGAGGUGCCAAUGCCAUACAGGGCUCCGGGCUGCAUCAUUCCCGAAGCCCCAGCUGCUCAAGGGGCCACAGCAGAGAUCUUUGAAGACUCCUGCUGCAAUGGCACGAUGCAGAAACAGGUGGCAACCCUGGCAAAAGAGGACAGCAGCACCCAGAGGUACAGCGCUGACCCCACCGUCUUCAUUCCCGAGCGGGUCGUGCGGGGAGAGCUGGAUGAGGACGGGUACAUGACACCGAUGAGAGACAAAGCUAAAACAGAUUACCUGAACCCAGUGGAAGAGAACCCAUUUGUUUCCCGCCGAAAGAAUGGAGAUCUCCAAGCUGUGGACAACCCAGAGUACCACAGUGCUCCCAACGGGCAGCCCAAAGCAGAGGACGAGUACGUGAACGAGCCAUUGUACCUCAACACCUUCGCCAACACCUUGGAAAACGCCGAGUACCUGAAGAACAAUUUGCCAGAGAAAGCCAAGAAGGCCUUUGACAACCCAGACUACUGGAACCACAGCCUGCCCCCACGGAGCACCCUCCAGCACCCGGACUACCUGCAAGAGUACAGCACAAAAUACUUUUACAAACAGAAUGGACGGAUCCGGCCCAUAGUGGCAGAGAAUCCUGAAUACCUCUCCGAGUUCUCCCUGAAGCCUGGCACUGUGCUGCCCCCGCCGCCCUACAGACACCGGAAUACCGUGGUGUAGUGGCUGUGCUCUCACUGAAGUGGAAAGGCAACCCCUUCUAGCUGCCUCACUCGUACCCUCUCGCUCCCCCUUUCUCCCUGCCCUUGACCCUCCUUCCUCCCUCCCUCCCUCUCUUUCUCCCAUGAGCUUCCUCUUCUUGCCAGUUCACUCAUUUUUGAUAUUUCUAAGUGAAAGGAUGUCUUGGAGUUGGUUGCAGAUUGGGUUGGGAGCCUGGAAGGAAGGAAGGAAAGAGACUGAAAGAAGGAUUGUACAACCUGGCCUUUCCCACUUUCGGCAGACGCGGGGGUUGGAUGCCCAGAGAAGCCAGGUGGUACUAGGAAAGGCCAGUGGCAGUGCUGCUGUUGAGCUCAUUCUCAGUGAUUCAACUGUAGGGAAAGCCACAGAAAGGCUGAUUCUUUCAGCAGGAACUGAUGAGAGUCUGUACAGCAUUCCUGGAAAUCUCCAUGCAAUUUCCAUCAGGGUGAAAAAUGGACAAUUUUUAUAUCCUGUGUGAUAGCGUAGUAAUUGAGAUUGAGAAUCCAAUUUCUUUCUCUAACACUUUCUAUCCCAGCAACUGAAAAUGGCUAACAUAGCUUUUCAAAAACAUUCAGAUCUUCAUUGUGGCUUUCCAAGAAAUGAUGAUGUGACUCCCACAUACAGCUAAGCCCCUCUUCUGAGCCACUCCGUGAUUUUGUGCCAAUUCCCAGCCACAGAGACUCCUGCUCAGAACUGGUACCUGACAUGACCAUUUUUGUAUGUGUGCCAACACAACAAUCACUUUAAACACAAAGCACCUUUCAGAAGAUAGUAACAAAACCACACCUCCGAUAUGUUCAUUUGAAGCUAAAAACCAGGCCAAGAAAUGAAGAUUUGUAUGCCAAAAGCUUUGCUUUCCUGUUUUAUACCUGCUGACUAUGAACACUUCAAAAGAUUGUCGCUAAUUCUUCCCUAUCUUUUUUUCUUCAUGGUCAUGAAGGGAGCUGGGGAUGCUGUCAGGCAACACUGAGGACAAGACAGAGAACUGAAGAGUUUGAUGUUCUGUGGGGUGGGGUGGGAAGGGUCCUUUAAACUGGAAGACAGACACUGGACUGGAGAAAACGCACAUAGCGGUUCACUGGAAAGUUAGUUUGCACUUAACCUCUGAUUUUAUUUGAACUGUUUUCUGGAUUUUGAAUGAAGCAAUAUGGAAGUGACCAGCAAAAUACAAAAUAAUAAUUUUAAAUUAAAAAAGAAAUAUAAAUUAUUUGUAAAGGAUGACUGUGGAAAUGCCAAAAUGAAGCAAAUCAAGUCUUUGGAACAAUGUCUGCCACUUCUGAGAGGCCGAUGCAGUGACUGCUUCAGAGAAUACAGUGAGAGAGCAGCCAGCUCUUCCUGCUGCUCUAUGAAGGACAGCAGAGCAAGCCCUGGAAAGGAUCAGGGGAGGCAAAUGUCCUGCUCUGGCUCACAGCACAGUACAGAAUAUCAUUUUUCUAAAAGGAGGAUUACUCUGGCACAGAAGACAGUGCAUAUGAGGUUUGAGAAGUCAAAAUGUGCAUGAUUUGCAGAGCUUUCUGUCAAAAAUGUAAAUAAGUAUGAGUCAGUCUCCUUGCACUUAGUUCUGCUUUUAUCAACCUCAGUUUUUAGGUAGACACCCCCUGACCUGCUCCUCUUUGGAAAUCUCUUUCAAACCAGAGUUCUGGACGUUUUUAGUGAUCUGGGGCAGAUGGAGCUGGGAGAGGAGGUGCAAGGGCCCGAGACACCAAGGCUUGCUCCUGGCACACCAACACUGUGUGUGUAAGAGCAUUUGUGAGCCUGCUUCCCACCAAACAUCUUAAGGAACCUUUGGAGAUCUUCCUGUCUCUAUCCAUCAAAGCUUUUAAAGGGAAGAAACCAUACCUGGUGGAUGGCAAUCUUGGGUGAUGCAACAGUGUUUAAGUUUAUGAGCUCCAGCUCUGUUAGGGCUGAGAUCUUUGGGGUGACCUAACCUGGCAACAAAACCAGCAGCAACCAGUGGUCUGGAAAUGGCAUCACCCUCCCCUAAAAUCCUGCCAUUCCAACAGCUUCCACCUUUAGUCUUGGGGAACAUGAAGGGCGUAAGAAACAAGCAAUAGCUACCUGAAGCUAAUUAGUAGGUCAGCUUGACAAAGGUGUGAAAAGAUGUUAAACCUGGCUUGGUUGUUAACCCUGUAGAUGGAAAGCAAACUGUGACCACAAGGCUGGUUCAGCUGUUGGUGCACCAGGCGUGUCCAGGUGUGCAUUGAGUACAUAGCUGGAGGUUCUGAAAGCAGCAACAACAGGCACAGAUCUUUGAGCUGGUAAAAGGAGAUCUUGGGUCAAGUGGUACCGAGGUGGUUGGUGGUGAUAUGACCUGUCGUGGGAUAGAUGGAUACAAUCCUGCACUGAGCACUCUGGUGCCUCUGGUAGCUCCUCACCAUCUUAGGGGACAGGGGCAUGUGCUGGGGCACACGAGGGCCUGGGUGGCUGCUCCAGGGAAGGUUUGCCCACAGCAUGCUCACAGGGUGUGCAGGCAGGGUCUGCCAGGCUGGGACAAUGCUGCCAAGCUGCCUGGGGACAGACACCAGCACAGGAAUGUGGGUGUCCUGUUUCAGCAGUACCACAGGUAGGUGGGGAAAGGUUAAUUUGUCCCUGAACAGGUCUUGUAACAGAGUAACUCCUAAUGGAGAAAAAAUAUAAAAUAAAAUGCUGGCAUAGCUCACAUGUUUGAAUUCAGAGAUGAGCUCAGAGGCUGCUGGGGCAGAGGCAGGCACACCUCCAGAGCCAGGCAGUGGGAUGGAGCUGCUCACACAAGGUGAGGCCUGUUUGUUCCUCUGGUAAUGAAGUAGUGCUCAUGUUAGAAACAAGCCCAUGGAGUAAUCCAAAUGUAAAUACAGGUGGGGUUUAACAAUUUAACGUUUUCUUUCUUACAAGGCUUGAAUUAUUUAUUAAUUUUAUUUGUUGACUGUGGGUGUGCUAUAAUAUAUUAAGUAGCAUGGAAAUGCAGAGGUUCCUGCAGGUGGGACAGCAGGAAAGCUGGAACAGGAGCUUGGGCUCUGCCUGGCAGCCAGGAUGAGCCACGCAGAGCCAUGCUAGUGGGGUCUGGGAUAGCAGAGGACAGGCAGAGGCUUCAUGAACACAGUGAUUCGGGAUGAGGGAGAGCUCCACACACUGCAGCUUCUCAAUUUAAUAUUUUUUUACUAUUUUCUGAGCUUAUGAUUUGAGUUGCAGUUGCCAAAACUGACCCUUGAGUUUCCAUGCUGUGCCAGUCACCCCUUGCCCAACAGAUGGGCCUGUGUGGUGCUGAGGCUGCUGGUGAUCCAACCCAGAGAGCAGCAGAUAUCUGAACCCUGCCCCUUUCCUCUGCAAGAGAAGUUCUGAGCUCAGCUGGCAGGUUUUGCCCCUUUGCAACAGAUAGUUUAAUCAUGGCUAAAGAAAAAAGAAAGGAAAACUGAGAGCAGAACUGUUUGGCUGCUUUAAUUCCAGCAGAAACUCCUGGCUGUCCCUAACUCAUAUAAUUGCCCUACUGGGUAUUGCUGCUGGCUUGGGGAAAGUACUUGGGCAAAUGCACAUGGCAAAAUCAUGGCAAGCAUUCAGCUGGGAUUCAUAUGGGAUGAAAGAUGAGAGCCGUGGUCUUUAAUGCAGGUUUGGGGGGAAAGCACAUAUAUUCACACACAAACUGCAUUUUGUCAGCACAAAGCAGCAGGUGAGGAUACCAACAGAAUGUGAUUCACUCUCUAGUGCUACAGAGGUAUCUGGUUAGGUUUUCUGGGGUUUAGAAUGCAAUCUCCUGUUUAUAAAUGUUCUGUUUCCUCCUGUCAUGGCCCAUGUCACAGGAUAGCAGUGACCAACUUUUCAAGAGCACGUUUUUACCUGAGUGUGGAUCAGCCAUUAUCCAAGGCACAAAGCAACCUGUUAAAGGAAAGAGAACAACAUUUAUUAUUUCCUCCUGAUCUCUUUCAGUGUCACUUGUCCUAGCUGUUAUUACCUACCUGAGGGUUACUGCAAGCAGAUGCUGGGGCCAAUUGACUCACUGUAACAUAAUUGGCUGAAACCAACUCCUUUUACAUUUACUUCUUCAGAUCUUUUCAGAUUUUUCUUUUUCUGCAAAACAGCCAGGAGGGAUUUUUUUUACAUGGCCAUUGGCUCAGAUGUAGCAGAGUAUUUAAACUAUAUUUCAAACACGUUAUCUCUCUCAGGUAGCAAGAGAUGGAAAUGAAUCUGCAAUAGGAGCCACCAUGUAGGUCUGUUUGAGGUACCCUGAAAUCCUUUUCUGUGUACAAAGAAAUGCUGUAUUACCCCUGGAUGUACCACGUAGUUGGUAGAAAAUGUGCUUCUUGACUGCAAGGCUCAUAUGCAAUGAUCUGACACCUGUUUCCACUAAAGAUCUCACCCUCAGCCACCACCAAGCCUGGCCCAGGAGGAAGGGAAAUAGCAGCUCUGGAAGAGCAGCUCAGCCCUGACUCUGUGGAUCCACUCUUUCCAUAGCUUUUAGGUAGAGCUGGGCAGCACAGGGGAGAAGUAUGAGUUGUGAGGUGAGUCAGCCUAGAAAUACAGCUUGGUUUUGGGGAUGGAAAAUCAAAUACUAAAGAAAAAGAUCUAUUUUUGUCUAAUGGUGUCUGUGUAGGUGUUGCACAUCAUGGUGGCAGCUAACAGAAUGAUGUAUGGGAUUGAGUUCCUUUAUUCCAUCUGGGAGAUGUGGAGACAAGGCAGGAUGAGGAUGUUGGUCAUGUAAUUCCCCAGGAUAACUGGAGGCAUCCCCAUGGGCUGUGCUUCCCUGGCAGCCCAGGAACCCUGGGCAGGCAUGUCCUUACAGAAGGGACAGCCCCCACAGGGACACACAGGGACACUCCCACUGCAGCCUGCCAGCCCUGCAGGGAAGAAGGAAUGGGAGCACCAGAGGUGCCCUGGGUGGUUCCCAUGAGUCAGGGUUGGCUGCUCCCACCCUGGCUCCCAAGUGAAUUAUGGAGCUCAGACAGGUGUUUACAUGCUUGGAAGGAUGCUUGGCUUGAGGGUGGCUGGUGAAACAGAGGCUUUAGAAUAAUGGGAGCCAGGCCUGC